CACAUUUACCUCAUCACACACUUGGUUCCAAACCCCACAAAAGCAGCAGGAGCCAAUGGCUGCUCACACCAUCCUCUCCUUCUCAUCUCCUUGUCAUCGCCUUCUCAUUUCUCCGUUAUCCAACCCCAACCCACCACUCCGUUCCUCUUUCCGCGGCGUCUCUCUCAACCUCCACCGUCCCCAGCCGGUUUCCUUCUCAGCCUCGAAAAAUGGAUGGCUAACAGUGGUUUCCGCCGCGAAGAAAGCCGUUGCAGUGCUCAGGGGUAACUCCGACGUAGAAGGAGUUGUUACUCUCACUCAAGAAGACACAGGUCCUACAACAGUGAAUGUUCGUAUCACUGGUCUCACUCCAGGGCCUCAUGGCUUUCACCUCCAUGAGUUUGGUGAUACAACAAAUGGAUGCAUCUCAACAGGACCACAUUUCACCCCUAACAACAUGACACACGGAGCUCCUCAAGACGAGAUCCGUCAUGCGGGUGACAUGGGAAACAUCAUUGCCAAUGCCGACGGCGUGGCAGAAACAACACUUGUGGACAAUCAGAUUCCUCUGACUGGUCCUAAAUCUGUUGUCGGAAGAGCCUUUGUGGUUCACGAGCUUCAGGAUGAUCUUGGAAAGGGUGGGCAUGAGCUUAGUCUGACCAGUGGUAACGCAGGCGAUGUGGUUGGUUUGACGCCGCUCUAAGUCUGGAAUAAGUAAAGUACUCUCUGUCUACUGUAUUGUGUCUUGUUUCUUGUCAAAUAAUGUUUGGCUGAUUAAACUUUUGAUGUUUAUAUUCAUAGCAUCAAAAAAAAAACUCUCUUUGGAUUUGUACCUUUGUAAAACUACUCAUGGACCAAAUCUGCUUUCCAUCGUUUUUAGAAACAUUGUUUUGGUAUAACGUCUCUUUUUUUA